CUGUGAAAGUCACCUGAGCGGCCGGGCCCUGCCAAGGUGCUGUGCGAUCAUGGCGACCGGACUACGAGCUUCUCCGCCCAGACCGACAGCCGGCGCCUCUGCCAUGGCCCGCUCUCCUCUGCUGCUGCUACCCUUGUCGCUGUUCGCGGUGCUGGGCGCCACCCCGCCGGCGGCCGCGGAGCAGCAGGUGCCGCUGGUGCUCUGGUCGAGCUCUCGGGAUUUGUGGGCUCCGCUUGAAAAUGCCCAUGAAGGUCAUAUCACUACAGACAUCCAGCUUUCCUCCUACCUAGACCCUGCCCUGGAGAAAGGACCACGAAACGUGCUGCUGUUCCUACAGGAAAAACUAAGUAUUGAGGAUUUCACUGCAUAUGGUGGCGUGUUUGGCAAUAAGCAAGAUAGUGCUUUCUCUAACCUGGAGAAUGCUCUGGAAUUGGCUCCGUCUUCCUUGAUCCUGCCUUCAGUGGACUGGUACGCAGCCAGUACUUUGACCUCUUACCUGAAGGAGAAGUUGGGAGCUAGUCCCCUACACGUAGACCAGGUCACCCUGAGGGAGCUGAAGCUCAACGACACCCUGCCUGCUCUGCUCCUCCUGAGACUGCCAUAUACCACCAGUUCUGGCUUGAUGGCGCCCAAAGAAGUACUCACAGGCAAUGAUGAGAUUAUCGGGCAGGUGAUGAGCACACUCAAGGCCGAAGGUGUACCCUACACAGCCAUACUGACGGCAGUUAGGCCUUCCCGGGUGGUUCGGGACGUGUCACUGGUGUCUGGGGGUCUGGGGCGGCACCUCCUCGGGGAAGAUGAGGGUUCAAAGCCUCUGCCGCCCUCAGCGCCUCUCCUGCCACCGGUGAGCUACAACGAUACGGAGCCCCGUAUCCUCUUCUGGGCCAAGAACUUCACUGUGACCUAUAACAGUGAGUCGCAUGACCUGACUCACCUCACCUUUGGAUCCUCGACGCUCAACCUGACGGGCUCCAGCUGGAACAGCUCCUUUGCCCAGCUUGUUCUGACAUAUGAGAAGGUCUUCGGUUCACAUCUGACCUUCAAGUUUAUCCUGAGAAAUCAUUACUACCCCGUUUCAGCCCGAAGCUGGUUCACCAUGGAUCGACUAGAGAUCCACACCAACAACUCAUCUGUUGUCUUCAAUUCCUCACAUAUCACGGCGCCUAGUAUCUAUUCCUUCCACUGCCAGUCCGUCAGCAAUGACCGCUCAAAGGAUGGGCUCCUAAUGUCCUCUCCUUCCUCUGCCUGGCGGGUGAAUCUCCAGAAUUUCCAGAUUCAAGCCUUCAACUUAUCAGGUGGAAACUUCUCCUAUGCCAGUGACUGCGCUGGCUUCUUCUCCCCUGGCAUCUGGAUGGGGCUGGUCUCCUCCAUCAUCAUGCUUUUCACCUUCACCUACGGGCUGCACAUGAUCCUUAACCUCAAAACCAUGGAUCGAUUUGAUGACCACAAGGGCAGCACUCUCUCAGUGCCCCUGAUGGAGUGACCCUCCCAAUCCCAUGCGGGGAGGGGGACCAGAAGUGUUGGAGGUAGAUUCAUGUGACUUUGCCUCCUGUCUUUGGAAGGGCUGCCAAGCUACUACUACUCAUUUGUGCUUCCUCAGUAGCUAGGCCUCCGUGUACCUGUUUCCUCUUGCUUCCACCCCCCAUUAACCCAGAGCUUGUCGUUUCCUUUCCCUACCCCGUCUGUGAUAUCAAAAAGCACUGCCAGCCUCUGACAAAUAGCCCCAGUGAAAACCAGGAGGCUGGAGUUUAGCUCUGCCUCCGAGAGAUGGCUUGAGGCGGCACGUUCCUGUUGGGAAGCUCAUCUCUGUGGUGCGGGAGGCGGAAGGCAGCAGCCACCCUUUGUCCCCCUGGUCCAACAAGGUGUAUACAUUCAUUCCCUAUAUAGAAAUCACUUAUUUCAAAGGGGAAAGGAGUAGCUGGGACCACUUUCUUCCUGCUGACUGUCUAACCUUAUUUAUUUUCCCUAGAUCCCCACCCUCAGGUCUAGCUACUUUAUUGUGUGAAAUGUAUUCUGGGAAUUAGAUAAAAUGUAGCCCUGAGAUUAGAAGGGAGUUCUAGGUGGGGAGGGGGUUUGGACUUGAAACUUGGUCAUUUGUCUUGUUUGCUUCCUGUUUUUAUUUUUCGGUGAUGCUAAAGUUGGAUGUGAUUAAAAAAUUGAAAUAAAAUUUUAAAGCCUCCAUGA